AUGUCUAGUGAGUCGGCCUAUUCUCAGGCUGGCCCCUCACGUGUGGGUCCUGAUUGUCUGAACCUAGUGAGAGAUUGGGCUGGGGUCCCAGCGGGGGAUCUGGUGACCCGAAGGGCAGGUGCUCAAGCACCCAGGUCCUGGAUCCAGAAGGGUUCUUGAGCAAAUAGUGGAUUUACCCCCUCUGAGGUGGUGCCGGUUACUGUGUUGGCGAUCCAAAGAUACCUGUUAAGGGAGGAUGAACCGCGCGACCUCGUGCCCAAACCUCCUCUUUACUGCUACGAUGUGAUGAUCUUGGACGGGGUGUACCAGGAGAAGUGUUACCUGGACCCCAAAUUUAAUUCUCUCAUAUGUGAAAAUAUCCUUAAAGUUGGUAUAGAAAUGAACAUUUCUGGAGUCUCAUGUCUUUACAACGAGAAAAGAUUAAGCCAGGGGAUCCUGUGAAUAGAUAAUGUUCACUGUGGGGAGACGUCAGACUCUACUUCUAUAGAAACUCUCUUCAGAAAUAGAGCGGCCCACGAGGAGAAACCAGAGAAGCCCUUAAGAGGCUGCCUGGAAGAGUCAUUACCUGGUGCUGUGGAAGAUCCAUGUGGAGAUAUCUGAUUAAACCACAAUCAACCUGAGGAACACAAUUUUAACAAUACCAAAAUAAUUUCCCUUUCUCACCUUGAAAUGACCUGGGGUAGCAGAAGGAACUUGCCCACAUUGCUUGUGAGGAUCUUGCAUAAAUCAAAUCUGUGAUACUAUGGGAAACCUGACAAAAAGACUAUUGAGCCAUACUAGACAUUUUUGGAAGUUGCAUAUAAAUCAGGCACUGUGUCAGUGAUUCUGUGGAAUGUCCUGUGUCCUGAGUGGUAUAAAAGUUUGCGAGUUGGUUUAGUUCUGCUUCAAGAUUAUUCUGUUAAAAAGAAUUGUCCAUUGAGGAUGCAUCCUGUCCCUGUGAAUCCACAUAUCAAACUAAUUUCUAUAAUGGUGGCACAUUUUGUGUGAAAACAGUUGAUACUUGUCAGAAAUGAUGCUCAAGUACCUAAACUGCUUUACCUCACCAUUACAAAUGAGAGUCAAGUAUUUAUUAUUGGUCAUAGAGACCAGCCAUAUACCUACAAGACCAAGGUAAUAAACUUUAUUCAGUGGAUCAAGACAAAGACCAAUUCUGGGGAAGUGAAGAAUACUGUUAUUGGUGGAUAUUAUCCUUAUCCACCAGUGAUAGAGACAUUUUCCAAGUACCACAAUUCUGUUAAAGUUGAGUUGCUCUUGACAGCUAUAAGUGAGGUGAGGAAGGAGAUUAAAGAUUUGCAGUAUAAGGAAUAAAACUGCAUUGCAUUUCAGGGGAUAAUUACUGUUAUAAAGUAUGUCCCCCACAGUGGUGCAACUGAAAGUGUGUCAGCCACAAAAACAUUUCAGAAAAGGGAAUUAUAUGACAAAGAAGGAGAGCAGGCAAUUAAAGAAGGUGGAGCAGGUGGUGAUUUUGACUCCCCAGUGGACAUCUUUGAUGUGUUUUAUGGAGGAGGAGGAAGGAUGCAGAGAGAAAGAAGAGGUGAUAUUAUAAAAGCUAUAACAAAACUAGAUAAAGUGCAUAUCUUGGAUAUCUGUAAUUUCGGUAACAAUAAAGUAAAAGUCUACUUGCAGAAAAUCUACAGUCCAGAAAACACUCCUUAA